CAGAAAUGAACGAGGUUGAACGUCGACUGCAGACAGUGGUCUUGCACCCAGUAUCAAUACCCAAGAUCGCAUACUACAUAUCGUUGAAUUACGUUUUCGAUUCUGACAGGGGAACAGACUGAAUUUGGUGAAAGGGAAGAAAAAUGUUGACCUGAAAUUCUGUCUCAGGAUGUGUCAUCUUUUCUCCGAACCUUCCACCUUUUCCCUUUCCCUUUCAACCCAGCUAAAUAAAUGUCAGGUCAGAGAGGCCCGGCUCCAGCCAAGGUAGGCUUCGAGAGAAUCCGAGGCAACAUCGCUCUGAAGUUUUUAAGCGGGUGGUUCCGAGACCAGAGCGGGAGAGAAGUCGACGGGAACAACAGCAACAACAACAACGGUGAAGAAAGCACAAUGCCCGGCGGUAGUCACAAAAGCCAAGACAGCCAGGGAACGAGUACGAGCUCUGCCUCCACGCAAGUCGUCUGCGUUUUCAGCUGCCAAAGUCCACACGAUGCCUGCAACAAGGCCUACGUCUGCCUGCAGACGGCUUGCAAGAAUGCCAACUCCACUAAACUCAAGCGAGUGGCAUUCGAAAAACUGGACUUUGGCGAAACUAAAGUCUUGGAUACAUUUUACGGAGCGGAUAUCGUGGUCGUCGAUAUGACUGUCAUGGUACAGCAGCGCACGCUGUUCUACCAUCUCGGAGUGCGAGAAAGCUUUGGCAUGGAGCGUAACAUUGUGCUGUAUUUUGACGACAUCGAUCCCGAUACAACCUCGUCAUUAGGUCAAUCGUGCCAUAGCUCCGGCUAUCUCUUCCUACCCUACAAGAUGAACAACGGCGAUUGUUACGUCUGCGACAUGGCCUGCGUCCGUCCCACUGCCGGUCCUGGGGGCGCUGCUGCUGCUGCUGCUGCUGCUGCAGGUGCUGACCUGCAGGACGCAUCGCUGAUUCAUCAGCUCUGCCCUCCACUCACUGAGCGACUGCAGAAGAUCUUGGAGGAAGUCCACAUAUCCAACAGGAGCAAUGCCCGAGAAGUUCUCUUGAGCGACAUACGUAAGGCGCGGACCAAAUACAAUGGAGCUGAGCUCGGCAGGGAGCUGGCCGCUCUGAAGUCACGCAUGGACGAACAGCUGUUGCUAACCGGAGACAUUGUUCACCAGUUCCUGUUGUCCUACCGCGAAAUCCAGGAUUACAAUUCCAUGGUGGCGCUAGUUGAAGACAUCAAAGAGUUGGCCAACGACAAUGUCACGCAGAAGGCCGCCAUCACACACCUCUAUGCCUUUGCUCUCAACCGGAGAAAAAAGCCAGGCGACAGAGAGAAAGCACUGAAAGUCAUCACUUUUGCAUUGAAGAAGCGUGAGAACCAGGUUCCCGACAUGUUCUGCCUGUGUGGACGCAUCUACAAGGACAUAUACACGGAGACUAACUAUGAAGACUGUGAAAGCAGAGACCAAGCCAUACACUGGUAUCGCAAAGGCUUUGAGGUUCAACCCAACGAGUACGCGGGCAUCAACUUGGCAACGCUCCUGGUUCUGUCUGGAAAGGACUUCAGCAAGUCCACUGAACUUCAGAAAAUUGGAAUGACGUUGAACAAUCUCCUUGGCAAGAAGGGCAGCCUGACCUCCUUACAGGACUACUGGGAUGUUGCCACCUUCUUUGAGAUCAGCGUUCUGGCAGGCGAUCUGGGCAAAGCCUGUCAGGCGGCCGAGUGCAUGUUCAAGCUCAAACCUCCCAUUUGGUAUCUGAAGUCGACACUGGGAAACAUCAAAAUGAUCAACAAAGUGCGACUAGCCAACACAGACAGUAAUCCCACCAGAGAUCAAAUGCUGUUUGAUUUUUGGCUGGAUUUCUUCGUCGAGGCGACCAAGGAAAAUACCACUGACGUCCGUUUCCCGGUUCUCGUUCUUGAGCCCACCAAAGUGAUGAAACCCAGCUAUAUCACCAUCAACAAAGACGACCAGGAUUCUGAACAAAAGUCUCUGAGGCUGUGGCAUGUAGGUGUUCCAGAGGGCUGCAAGGGCAUCAGUGAGUGGUUGUUCAAAGCCCAAUCUAUAAAAGGAGUCAGUCUGUACAAGCGUGAUGACCGCUGUGUCUUCCUCUACGUCCAGCAGAACUCGGACGACUUCCAACUCUUCUUCUCCUCACUACACCAGAGACAAAGUUUUUAUGAGCUGGCGAAAGAGAUCAUCGCAACGGCGCAGGAUGCGUUUGUUGGUGAAAUGGAUUCUGAUCUCUCCAGUGAGCCGAUUCAGUUUGAAUACGAGUACAACGAGAAGGGGGAAAAGAUGUUGCUGGGCCGAGGCACGUACGGCGCCGUCUUCGCAGCCAGGGAUACCAGGACACAGGUCCGCAUGGCAGUCAAGGAGAUCCCCAUCAGAGAUAUGAGAGAGGUCCAACCAUUACAUGAGGAGAUCCUCCUGCAUUCCCGUCUCAGCCACAAGAACAUCGUCAAGUACCUAGGCUCUCAGAACUGCGAUGGCUUCUUCAGGAUAUUCAUGGAACAGGUCCCUGGAGGAAGCCUUUCGGCCCUUCUCCGGUCCAAGUGGGGUCCUUUGAAGGACCACGAGGAGACAAUGUCAUUCUACACUCGCCAGAUUCUGGAGGGACUCAAGUAUCUGCAUGACCAGAAGAUCGUCCAUCGCGACAUCAAAGGAGACAAUGUCUUGGUGAACACUUACAGCGGUGUCGUCAAAAUCUCUGAUUUUGGUACCUCCAAGAGACUGGCUGGUAUCAACCCAUGCGCCGACUCAUUCAAAGGUACCCUGCAGUACAUGGCACCAGAAGUCAUUGAUAAGGGCAUCAGGGGGCACGGCGCAGCUGCGGAUAUCUGGUCGCUUGGAUGUACCGUUGUCGAGAUGGCAACUGGAAAGCCACCAUUCAUUGAGCUUGGUUCUCCGGAGGCAGCCAUGUUCAAAGUGGGCUUCUACAAGAUCCACCCUGAGGUUCCUGCCUCCAUGUCAGAACCGGCCAAGAAAUUCAUCCUCAGAUGUUUUGAGCCAGAUCCAGAGAAGCGGGCCACGGCCGUCCAGCUUCUGAACGAUCAUUUCCUGAUGAGGCGGAGAAUAUCGCAGCGCAGCGCCGCCGCCGAUUACAAACAUGACCGCAGUAUAUCAGAACCUAGCGCCUUUAAACUUGAUCCCGUUCCUGCCCUGAAGUAUCGUACCAACAGCAGGCCUGAGUCUCCCAUCCUCGGUGCUCUGUCAGAGUCGGCAUCGGCCAUUCCCGUGGACUUUGACGUCAAAUCGAAACGUCGGUCAAUCGACAUGGUGUCACCAGGAUCCCCGAGCAACUUCCUUGAGGUGCCUAGUGUGAAUAUGUUUGAGGGGUCAAGUGAAGACAGCACGGCCGAGACGCCCACGACCCCUGACCGGGGCAAAGGUCACGGGUUCUACAUGCUGCGGAAAGACAGCGAGCGCCGCCUGACCCUGCUGACUAUCCUGGAGUCGGAGCCGGACAAGAUUGUACAGCGGUGGAUGGGCAAACUGCAUGCUGGUACCCCGCCAACCAAGAUUACCACUCUGCACCUCGGCAUCCUCAUGUCGGGCAUGGCACAGUACAUCAAGACCAGAGAGAGAAAAUUCAUCAGCGAAGCCAUAGAUGAGUUGAAGAUGGAGUUGGACUAUGAUCACGUGGCCCUUGGAGAGAUACAACUAGCUUUGUACACCUUCCUGGAUACGGUUGUGGAAAUACUGAAGCAACAUGUCAACAACAUCAAACCACACUGGAUGUUUGCAUUGGAUAACCUGAUCAGGGACAGCGUACAGACAGCCAUCACGAUACUCUCCCCUGACUUGGGCCACAACAUCGCGCCCAAUCAGCCGCCCCACCAGGACCAGACGGACCACGCCCACCACCAUCAGUAUCACCACGAGGAGGAGGGCGUCAACACGUCGGGCGUGUCCACACUGAGCUCCAGUAAGUCCCAUGAGCGGGAUCUAUUUAUGGAGCGGGCGUCGGCCACCACCAUGCAGACCGAGUACAGGAAACUGGUGCAGGAGCAAGGAAGGCUACUCAGUGACCUUCUGGAGGUACAGCGGACGCUCAAUGACAUGCUGGGAGGUCAGGUCAGGACAGGUCGUGAGGUCGUCAAUCACAUGAGGGAGGAUGACCAUGCUGGACUUGAAGGAAGAAACAGUGGUGGAGGUGAGGAUGAGACUAUUGCUGAGGAGCAAGGAGACCAGGAGCUGAUUGAGUGGCUCCGUAGCCUCUCCAUUGAUGAGCACAGCAUCGGAAAGUUUGUGAGAGAGACCUACACCCUUGAAGUUGUCCAAGACAUGAUGACGAGAAAGGAUCUACGGCACAUGGGACUCAAGGGAGGUGUACAGUGCCGAAUCUGGAAUGCUAUUCAGAAACAACGGAGAGACCCAUCGUAGCCCACUGCAACUUGGUCAAGAAUAAAACUGUAAAGAUUGUGUAAAUAUAUCCCAAAUUGUGAAUAGAAAAAAAAAGAUGUUAAUCUAUCUGUGUGAGAAACUCCUUCCAGAAUUUAGACUUAAAAUAUAAAUAAAUAAAAACAGACGCUGCCAUCACAAUUUGAAGCCAAUUACCUGCGAAAUGAAUACCACUCUUCAAUAAAAAAAUCUCUGUAAAUAAAUAAAAACAAAUGUAUCUUUUAUUUGUAAAUCUAAAAUCAUGAAAUCUGAGUGAUUUUCGGUUUUAAUCGAAGCAGUACAUUUUCUAGUUUGUUUAUCUUUGCGACUACUGCCGUUGUCGGUUCAUAAAAAUCAUGAAAAUUUUAAACAAAAUUCCAAUAAGUUUGGUCAAAAAUUAAGAGACAAGAACCCCCCUUUCAGUAUGCUAGUUCCUUUCAUAGUCUAGAAUAUGAUGGAGUGACUGGGAACCAGUCACACAGCGCCCUCUUAAGUUUGAUAAUUGCAAAGGUCUGUGGGGCAGACCACAUAACAGGCCAUUAAUUUAACCCCCAAGAUUGUGCGAAAAAUCAUAUUAAAACUGGAGUAUUCAAGACUGUUAGGAAUAAAAAUUCCACAAUGUGUAUUUUUUUUUGUACAAUACGUUUUCCUUUCAGAACACCUCAUCUUUCAUAUUAAACAAAUUA